AUGUCAAGCACGUCGCGUAGCCAGAGCUCCUCGCCCGACAUCCUCGGCCCUCCAGGUGAUGCCGAAUACCUCAUCUCCUCCCCCAUCAAGCCCUUCGUAGGUCGCCAAAGCUGGCUGUCGCCCGCCAACCUCCGACGCCAACAAACACCGGCCAAGCGAUCGCGCGUGAGCCUCAGUCCUGCGAAGAGCGCGCAUUCGAUCCGAUUCGAUGAUGUCCUGCUCCCCGGCUCGCCUAAAAUGAAGCUCCAUGGUCGCCAGAGGUCGUUUUCGCCAGAAAAGGGAGAGGACGGCAACGUCAGCCCGUGGCGCAUUCGGGUCACCCUCGAGGCAACUCAGGACGAGGAGAACGAAAACCAUGGCAGCCCGUCACGCAAACGGCUGCGCCCAUCUACCACUACAACCAUGGUUCCAUUGAAGGACGACAGGAGUCCGCUACAGGAAAAAACACCGGCAAGACGACGUGGGCGCCCAAGGAAAUCAGACGUUCAGAUGCCGAAUGGGUCGCCGUGGCCUGCUAGCGCAGGGAACACCCCCGGGCCAAAAGGUGGAAGUCCGCAGAAGGGUAAACGGGGCCGACCACGCAAUGGCACGCCGAAGCCGAAGGCACAGGAGGUGCCCGUCGCAGAAGAAGAGCCAACGCCAGCACCAGCGAUAUCAUCUGGCCCCGACUUACACUUCAGUCCGAUGGACAUUGCUGUUGACGGCGGAGCUGAUUCGCCUCGACAAUUCACACCAAUGAAUCUUGGAACAGACGGUCUCGACAGUGACUCCCUCGGAGCUGACGAUCUGCCUGUCGCUUUUCUUCGCCCGCCAACACCAGCUGUGAAUAGGGAUAGAUGGGGUAACGACAACGCCCAUGAGAGCAUCGACCGCGAAUACGGUAGAGCCAGCUACGGUACACCAGUUAUUGGAGCUGCAGAGCAUCACUACCUUGAUCAUGACGACAACAUACACUCUACCCCCUCAAAAAUGCCAUCACCGACCCGAGAAAAAUCCGUUUCAUCUGCAAGGUCUGCGCAUCAAGCAGACAGCACCUCACCCCGAACCUAUCCUUCACCCACUCCCACUUCUUCGCUGGCCGAGGAAGAAGCCCAGCAUGAAGAACCCCGAGUACAACAACAGCCAGUAGACGAUGAUCCACCUUCUGAGCCGGACCCUACGGACGAGCACGAAGAGUUCGAUUCAAUUAUGGAAAGCGAGGGCUUCACUAUGGUCUCCUUGGAUACACUUCCUUCAGCCAAGCAAUAUGGCCUCUCUAGCGCCAAAAUAUCAACAGGCGACUCUUCCAAUAGGCGAGAUAAUGGACGCAUUGGCGACAAAUUGAAGCGACAAUUGCCAGGCGGUAUCGGUGGCCUGCAAGAUGACAGUCACAGCUCAACAAGGCCAAGUCCGGUUGCCCUGGCUCCUUCUUCCGCUUUACGUCCUCCUUCGCGGGCUCGUUUGGAAUCUCAAAAUCCGAUCAGAAAGAGCCCACUUACCACUGUUUCGUAUCCCGAGCUGCCUGCAGCUUCGCCUGAGAAGAUAUGGAAUCCUCCUGACGUCGAACAAGAGCCUCCGACACAUGAGAGGCAAACAGCGGAAGAUCCGGCUGAAGACGAGGAGGCAGAGAACAUCGAUCUUGGGAUGGAUGGCGACGAGGGACAAGUCGAGGAAGUCGAGGAAAUCGAGGAGGAAGAUUGGGACGACGAUGACGAAGUGCAAGUCGUCAACCCGUCACCUCAGUUUGGGAAAACACACUCGCCGCAACCAAGUCCAUGGGGCCCACGAAGCAUCCAGCGGGAGGACGAAUGGCAUAUCGAACGACAGGCUGUCAGCCGGCAAGCUCGGGAUCCGACGAAUGUCCAACGAUUGAUCACCAUUCAAAGUGAUGAAGAGGUCUCUCAAGGUGAAAUGGUCAGUGGCAAAGAUACAUUUGACAUCCACUCACAGUCCGAUGUAGAGUCCAUCGUGGACGAAGAUCCUUUCGAUGAACGGCCUUUGGAGGAAGAGCUCGUGGAAGAAGAUCAUGUGGAAGAAGCGCCUUUCAAACAAAGUCCUCUAUAUGAUGAUGAGCAAGUUUUGGAGGAAGAGGAGGUCAUGGAAGAAGAUCCUUUCGAACUGAAACCCUUCCAAGAGGAACCCAUAGAGGCAGAGCCUGUGGAAGAGCCUCCGCCGGAGAAUCCUCGAGAUUUGGAGUCGGUGCCUAUGGCGGAGCGUUCGCGCACGGCAAAUCAAGCAACGGAGGCUGAGCCGGAGACCUAUGACGAGGAUGAUGAGUCUGUCGACAUUUGGCAACAAGAGCCUGAAAACUCAGAAUUUGACCGUCAACUUCAAUCCCAUACCACCAACCAGGCAGUAGAGAUUGAGCAGGAAACCAUGGACGAUGACGACGGAGGUUUUGAUGAUAUCUGGCAACAAGAGGCCCGCGACAACAGCUUCCUUUCAAAACAUUCGGAUGAUCGCGAACAAAUUCCGGCAGACGAUGGCUACAGGGCUUGGAGAAGAAUAGACGCAGCCUACUCGAACGAAAACUCCUUAAGUUCAUCUCCAGCUUACGUGACAAUGGACGACGGCAACACGAAGUACCUUGGACCAACUCAUAUUCGCAAACUGCGGGACGAGGACGUGGAUCUGUCGGCUCUACUGGCACAGGAGGAUACGCCAAACCAUGCGCGCUAUUACAAUGGAACAAGUACUCCUCGGAGUAUCCUAAGUCGGAGGUCUGGUCCCCAGCCUCCGUCGAUCAAUGGGUCGUCCAUCAAGUCUGCCUCCUCGCGCAAGGCUGGUCAGCGUGUCCGUCUACAACCGAUCUUUCAGUCUCCAGAGAGGGAAUCGGAGGCCCAAGUCAGCUCACCCGCCAUGAGGCACAAGCUUACAUCCUCAGAGCCUCAACCAGAUGAGGUAGACGAGACUGGUAGCGUUUCCGAUUCCGAUCUGCACGAGACUGAAUCUAUCCAGGCAGAGUCUGUCGCCACCCCAGAACAACCCCAGCAGCCCAAUGCGGACGCCCCGGGGUCUACCUGGCUCCAGCGAAUCACUAGCCUCACCCCCAGAUGGCUGAAAGCCCCGGCUGAUGCUCACGACGAUAGCUCGAGUGCCGCCUCAGGGAACGAAUCACAGGAGGAGGAUGACGAGGAUCAGGAAAUGGAUAGCAUCGAAUCGGCGAAAGAAGUUCAAUCGGUAGAAGAGGAUGAUGAAGAUGAGGAGGAAGAUCUGUUCAUUGAACAAGGGGCGCCCAAUCAAAGUGCGAAACGCGACGCUGCAAGCCUCAUUGACGACGAUCACCACGAACUGUCUGGACCGCGACCUCUGGCGGUGUUCGGCUACUUCUCCGACGAUCAUUACAAGGCACUUCGGCGCUUGUACCGAAUGGCAAAACGGGACCCAGAGCGAUUCCCAUAUUAUGACGCACCGGGGCGUGCACAAAUUAUCGGUGAUUGGAUCUGGACCUCGGACGGUCGUCACGGGGUGCCCAUCACCGAAGUACAAUUUGCCAUCAUUGAUCGCUUUGUACAUGAUCUCUCUCGAGCCGACGUCCAGUACGGUGGAUCCGGGCAGGUCGACUGGACAGAAGCUGACCUGCAUCGGCGUCUGAUCAGCAUCAUCAUUGGCGAGCAGAUCCGAGAAGAGCGAAAGGCCAAGGUGACCCGCGGGGUCUCUGUCGAUACAUGGCGAUGA